CUCAAUAAAUUAAUGCACCUCUCUCCGAGCACCCCGCCCCUACUUCCUACAGCGCUCUACACCUCCCCUUUCCUAUUUCUAUGCAAGUCUGUUCACUGCCCACUAUAAAUACAUCUAACCUGACAAUAUCCUCUCCACUUCCACUCAGACAACAUUAGUACUUCCUAAUUUCUCCUAUUUUCCUUUUUUCUAUAUCACAGACAUUCUUACUAAUAAUGACUUCCCCUUUGGCUACUUUGCUCAUUCUCCUUUUGCUUGUUUGGCCAAGCAAACCAGCGACACCUGGCAGAGGCCGGACACAGCUGGGCGGAUAUAUGCGGACAGAGGACAUAGUUCAAUCUGUACUUGAGGAAAAGGGCAGAGACCUGACAGGUAUGGACAGCAGGAGAGAUGGUGGAUUUGGAGACUCUCGUUCCUCGAAACAAGGACUACCAGAAGCAGAAGAUGGAGACACAUGGGGAGAGCCUGGUACUCCAUCUUACUUCAGAUCCCCAUAUCUAACAAGCGACAGCAAACUGUGGGAACCCCGCAUCUCUUCUCGAUGUGUGCCAGUGCCCUCCAACAUGGCUCUGUGCCACAACAUUGGUUAUGACACCAUGCGGAUCCCAAACCUGCUGGGCCAUGAUUCUCCAGCUGAGGCUGUCCAGCAGAGCGCCAGCUGGUUACCACUGCUUGCCAGAGAGUGCCAUCCUGACGCCCGCAUCUUCCUUUGCUCUCUCUUUGCACCAAUAUGCCUAGACAGGUUUAUCUCCCCGUGCAUGAGUUUGUGUGAAUCUGUACGGGAAAGCUGUGCUCCCAUCAUGAGUUGCUAUGGUUACCCCUGGCCGGAAAUUCUGAGGUGUGACCAGUAUCCCGCAGAUCACCUGGUGUGCAUCUCCUCCAUCACCAACGCAAGCGUUUACACGGGAGCACGUGGAGUGCCUCAGGCAAGCUGUCGGGACUGUGAGCUAGAGGAGCCUUCGUCCCCUAAAGACACACUGGAGACUUUUUGCAGGAGUGAUUUUGUUGUGAAGCUGCGUCUGACCAGACUCAAGUACAGUCCAUUAAGUCUUUCUCAGUUCUCCCUGGCUUCUAAGUUGGACGUCUUAAAGCCUGGGCCCCUGUCAGGGGGGCAGAUACGCUCAGGGAUUGAGUUGUGGCUGGAGAGAGAUGCUACGUGCGUACAGAACAUGACCCGACAACAUCCACGAGGCGGCACCUUCCUGGUGACAGGGACAGUCCAAGGGGAACGCCUGGUGGUCAACAAGGCUUACGUUUGGCAAAGACGAGACAGAAACCUCACUGCAGCUUUACGCAAAUGGAAAACUCACAGAUGCAGGAACUAACAUCUUGGAAAAUUCUAACUGAAAUGUGAGAUCAACUAUGGUUUUGGGAAAGAGUUUAGAAGCUUCCUAUAAAGCAACAGCUGUAAAUAUUUGUUGGACUUUCUGAAAAGAAUUCAAAGCAGUUUAGUCCUGAAACAUACUGAUAGCAUGAUUGAGAAACUUUCACUAUAGAAGUAGAGACUAGGAAAUAAAAUGUACAUAAUGAUUUUUAUACUUUAACUUAAUAUUGUUGGUCUAUGAGUUUCUGAUAUAUUAAUUACUGAGCUUUUCUUUUUUUCUUUCAAUCCAAAUUUGCUUCCUGUAUUUUCUCUUUUCAAAAAAUAAAAAAACAUGAACAUAAUUCCAUAUUUUUUCAUAUUUCAGUAUCUGUC